AUGGCCCACGGCCUGAACUCUGUGCUGAAACGCGUGGGCUGCAAGGGCGAGGGCAAGGCUGGCAUCGGGUCCCGCCGCAUCUUCGCCCCACACUUCAAACUGCAAGUGCUGGACUCGUACAGGAACGACGCCGACUGCAAGGGCAACCAGCGGGCGACGGCCCGCAAGUACGGCAUCCACCGGCGCCAAAUCCAGAAGUGGCUCCAGGUGGAGGGCAACCUGCGCAGCAGCGUGGGCAAGGGCGAGCGCAGCGCCAGACAGCCUGACGACGAGGCCGCGGCCCCCGCGCCCGCGCCCCUCGAUUUCACCACGCGCGCCCGCACCCCGGACCCCGCGCCCAUGGACCUGUCGCUCAAGCGGCCCGCGCCGAGCGCACCUGCGGCCUGCCCCCCGUCCCCACUCCGCGUGCCGUCGCCGCUCGGUCUGGCCGCGCCGCACCCGGACGUAUGGGACCUCUCCACCAAGCCGCGCCAUCCGGCGCCCGCCGCCCCCAAGCCUGUCAAGUUGUUCAAGCCGUACCUGGACGACGUCGACGACGUGCCCAGGAAGCCGGACCUGCCGCCCUGCUGCAGCCAGGCGUUGGUCGGCUGCGACGCGACCUAUUACUAUAACAACAACAAUAAUGUCGUAUGCGACGUCAAGACGGAGUACGGCACGUACACGCUGCACGAGUUGCAGCCUAAGGGCGCCACGACGCCGACUACCACCACCACGACGUCCUACUAUUACGCGUUUCCGGCAGCGACGUACCAUGGCGCGGACUACGAGAUCGGCUCCUUCUGUGCCUCGUACGAUGAUCCGAACUACAUCCACAGUGCGAGCCCUCUGAAGCAGAGACACAGCUAUAGUUUGGACUUCAAACUCAGCGCUAUCGAGUGCUAUUACCAGGAUUCCGUGUGUAAAGGUAAUCAGAGGGCGGUGGCCACGAAAUACAACAUCCACCGACGGCAAGUGCAGAAAUGGUUAAAACAGGCGGACGAACUACGACAAAAAAACGAAACCAUAAAACAUACGCAAAUGGUGAGAUAG